AUGCCUAAGGAGGGUGGUUUAGUUGAUGUCGCAACAGUUGAACUUAAUCCCGUGGGGGGUGGUACGUCAUUGUUCUUCGAGGCAUACGUGGUGCCUAAAAUAACACGUGUUGAAAGGCAAAUAGCGAAGCUCUGGGACUUAGACAGUGUUGGGGUUAGAGAAGUAGACGAGGUUCAUGAGGCAUUUAGUGACAACAACCAGUUUAAUGGUACCAGGUAUUCUGUAGGAUUGCCUUGGAAAGUUAGUCACGCAACACUUCCAUCUAAUUAUAACCUUAGUCAGUCGCGCAUGAAAGGUCAAAUAAGGAAACUAGGCAAACAACAGGGACUGCUAGAAGAGUACAACAGAAUAAUUAGAGACCAAGAGGAACUAGGAAUUAUAGAAAGAGUGCCAGCAUUAGAUAUGGCUGAAAAUGUACACUAUUUGCCACACCAUGCAGUUGUCCGUAAGGAUGCGAUUACGACCAAGGUACGUGUUGUUUAUGAUGCUUCGGCGAAAGAGCGCAAGCAUGCGGCCUCUUUGAAUGAUUGUUUGCAUGUUGGACCCUCGCUUAACCCGCUAUUAAUUGAUAUCCUUUUAAGAUUUAGGUGUAACAGGGUUGUCUUAGUUGGGGACAUUGAGAAGGCAUUUCUAAAUGUUGAAGUCGACGAGAAAGACAGAGACUAUUUGAGAUUUCUCUGGGUCGAUGACAUAAACAAUGAGCAGAAUAGUGUAAGUAUUUUCAGGUUCUGCCGCGUGGUAUUUGGUCUCAACGCAUCGCCGUUUUUACUCAACGCCACUAUCCGACAUCACUUGGGUAAGUAUGCCGAAUUGGAUCCCAAUUUCACCACACGUAUGAUAGAGGGUUUCUACGUGGACGACCUGGUGACUGGAGGGAACGCGUCGAGAGAGGUCUUAAACCUUUAUCACAAGGCAAAGUCUCGGAUGGCCGAAGGUGGAUUUAAGAUGCGAAAGUGGCUUACUAACGACAACUACGUUAGAGGUGAGAUAGACCGUACCGAGAACCAAAAAGAAGCGGCUGCAAACUACGCCAGCAGCCAUGUUGACGAGUCUGAGAGCUAUGCAAAGGUAAGCUUAGAAGCCAUUACUCGCAAUGAGUCCUCUCAGGUCCAGAAAGUCCUCGGGAUCGCUUGGAAUUGCCACCAAGACACGAUGCAAUUCAACCUUGAGACCACAGCAAAGAAGGCAAUGGAAAUGGAGCCUACGAAGCGUAAUGUGUUAAGUAUUAUUGCCAGCUUGUUCGAUCCGUUGGGACUUUAUAGCCCAGUGUCGGUGAGUAUGAAAAUUCUUUUUCAGGAUUUGUGCAUUUCAGGUUUAGCAUGGGACGAACUUCUACCCGAACAGUUGAAGACCAGAUGGACUAAAUGGAUCAACGAGUUGCUGCAAGCUGGAGAGAUUCGUCUUGAUCGAUGUAUUUUUGACCAACCGGUUGAUUGCGUGACAGAUUGUACACUACAUGGGUUCGGUGAUGCAAGCAAAAAGGCCUAUUGUGCUGUUGUGUACAUAGUGUACAAGCUGACAGAUGGGUCACGCUACGCUCGGUUGUUGACAAGCAAGACCAGAGUCGCGCCAUUGAAACAGCUCACCAUUCCAAGAUUGGAACUCAUGUCUGCAGUGAUACUGACCCGACUUGUGGAGACAGUGAGGAACGCACUGAAAUCGCAACUAAGCGUGAGCAAGGAGAUAUACUGGUUGGACAGCAAGACCGCCCUGUGUUGGAUCCAGAAUAAAGGAGAGUGGAAACAGUUUGUUCGCCAUAGAGUGAACGGUAUCCUGGAAAAGACUGGUAAAGAGAAUUGGAGACAUUGUCCAGGUGCUGAGAAUCCUGCAGACUUAGGGUCACGGGGUGCGUCUGGAAUUGAACUCAAGAGUGAAGAACUGUGGUGGAACGGUCCACAGUGGUUAUGCCAGUCAGAAUCGGAGUGGCCAGUUGUCCCUGAGGGUUUGGAGCAGACACAAGAAAGCCUCGACGAAGCCAAGAAAUCGGAGGUACAUAAUCUGCUAGUGAAUAAAGACGUGGAGACUGGAAUCGAGCACGCUAUUGAUAUCAACAGGUGUGGGACGCUUAAGAAACUUGUACGAGUAACAGCGUGGGUCACUAGAUUUAUAACCAAUGCCAAAAACAAGAUUAAACGAGAAGAGUUGUUAGAGGGUGAACUGACUGCGAACGAAGUCAAAUUGGCCGAGGAGUCAUGGGUAAAGGCAGCACAGAAGUCGCUCAAAGAUCAGAACAACUUUAAAGAACUGUCUAUUCAGCUUGGCCUUGUCGAACAGGCUGGUGUGCUACGUUGCCAAGGGAGGUUAGUUAACUCCGAGCUGAGCAUGGAUGCCAAGAACCCCAUAAUACUUCCUAAGGAUCAUAGAUUCACUGAAUUGAUCGUCAUCGAUAGUCACGACAGAGUACUGCACAGCGGAUUGAGAGCAACUCUAGCCCAAGUGAGAGAAAAAUUCUGGAUACCAAGAGGAAGACAAGUUGUAAAAGGACUGGUGAGUAAGUGCGUAACAUGCAAAAGACAAACUGGCAAGCCAUUCAAACAACCUCCAGCAGCUGCUCUACCAGAAUUUAGAGUACAUGAAGCCCCACCGUUUUCCAAGGUAGGUAUUGACUUUGCUGGGCCACUAUUCGCUAAAACAGGUAAGGGUAGUGUUAAAGUGUACAUCGCUCUGUUCUCAUGUUGCGUGACAAGAGCCAUACACCUUGAACUAGUAGAAGACAUGUCAGUGGAGAGCUUUCGUAGAUGUCUUAGAAAGUUUACAGCAACGAGGGGCAUACCUGGUCUCAUAGUAACAGACAACGCGAAGACGUUUCAGGGAACUGAGAAGGCACUAAGAGAGCUGUUUAACCACCCGCAAGUACAAGCGGACCUCACCAACAUGAGAACAGAGUGGCGUUUUAAUCUGCCGAAGGCGCCAUGGUGGGGAGGGUUUUUUGAAAGAAUGGUAGGUUGUGUGAAACAGUGUCUCAGGAAGGUGCUAGGAAACGCAAGCCUAACGUUUGACGAGUUAGUUACUGUGUUAACAGAAACAGAGUGUACGUUAAAUUGCAGGCCUCUAACCUACGAGUACAACGACAUUGGUGAAGAGGUUUUAACUCCAUCUCAUUUAGUAUAUGGUCGACGUAUCAACAGUUUACCCGACGAAAUCAUAGAACCAGACGAUGUUGUCUCAGAUGAAGCAAGCUGCCGCAGGAGAUUUCAGUAUAUGAGCCUAAAGCUUGGUCAAUUCUGUGACAGAUGGCACAAAGAAUAUCUGACAGGUUUAAGAGAACAUCAUAGGGUAAACAGGUCAAGGCAGGGUAAGGAUAUAGUUCAGGUAGGGGAUGUGGUCACUGUGAAGGAGGAUGGAAAGAAAAGAAACAAAUGGAGAAUGGCAGUGGUAGAGGGGAUAAUUAAGGGUAGGGACAACGUUGUGAGAGGGGCUAAGGUGCGAGUGAUUGCCCGGGGAAAACACGCUCGUAUAUCACGUCCCAUCCAAAGGUUAUACCCCCUAGAGGUUAGGAACGAAGAAAUAUUCACUGGGAACGGAAAAAAUAGGGAUAUUGUAACUAGACGUACAUCUAAGCGUAAUGCCUCUAUACAGGCCAGAAAUGUAAUCAAGGCUAUUUCUAUGCUUGACUCCUAG